AUGAAGAUUCUCUAUAUUGGCAUCCUAAAGAAUGAAGAUAAGCCGGCCGUCGAGCUGUGCGCCGAACGCGACCUGAGCAGCUACUCCCGCUUCACCCGCUCCUCGGUCGGCGAGUUCAUGUCGCUGUUCACAAAGACCGUCGCCGAACGCACCAAGCCGGGCCAACGCCAGGACGUCGAAGAGCAAUCCUACACCUUCCACGCCUACGGCCGCAGCGAGGGCGUCGCCGGCAUCAUCAUCAGCGACCAAGAGUACCCCGCCCUGGUCGCCCACCAGCUGCUCUCCAAGAUCCUGGACGAGUUCCUGUCGCGCUACCCGCGUUCUGCCUUUGCAAACUCGAAUGCCGAGUUGCCUUUUCCUCAGCUCAAGGAGUACAUUGUCAAGUACCAGGACCCGCACGCCGCCGACAGCAUCAUGAAGAUCCAAAAGGAGUUGGACGAGACCAAGAUUGUGCUGCACAAGACCAUUGAGAGUGUCUUGGAGCGUGGUGAGAAGAUUGACAACUUGGUGGCCAAGAGCGACGGUCUUUCUGCUCAGAGCAAGAUGUUCUAUACUCAGGUAUGUUUUCUAUAUUCUGGAUUUGAGAUAUGCCAAAUGCUGACCUUUUUGACUGUACUANNGGCCAAGAAACAGAACUCGUGCUGCAUUGUCAUGUAG